AAAGAUUUCCCAACCGCCGACUCCACUCUCUCUACCAAAACUUGUAAUCCCAUUCCCUCACUAUUUACUCUCUCUCUCUCUCUCUCAGUUUUGUAAUCCCAUUCCCUCACUAUUUACUCUCUCUCUCUCUCUCUCUCUCUCUCUCUCUCUCUCGUGACGAUUCACCAUUACACCCAUCACUCUCGUUAUCCUCGGCAAAUCUAGUCUUCCAUUUCGCAGAUCUGGUUUCCUGGGAAAAGCAACACGAACACAAGCGCGUCUAAUUUCGUAAUGCUUACCUCAUUGAUGUAUUACUGAUUGUGUUUGUGUGUAAGUUUUGCUUAGAGCUUUCAGCAAUGGUGAUCUACGGACCUGUAACUCCUGGUCAGGUGUCAUUUUUACUUGGAUUCGUCCCUAUACUUCUGGCUUGGAUGUAUGCAGAAUUCUUGGAGUACAGCAAAAAAUCAGCUUCGUCCAAACUAUUGGCAAGGCAUUCAGAUAUCAGCUUGGUUGAGUUGGGAAAUGAACCAGUUAAAGAAGAUGAGAGAGCUAUUUUGUUGGAGGGGGCAGGUCUUCAGUCAAGUUCUCCUAAAGCUCGGAGUUCAUCUAUCACUUCCCACAUUGUCAAAUUCUUUCUAAUGGACGAGUCUUUCUUGCUUGAAAAUCGUCUGACACUGAGAGCCAUAUCCGAAUUUGGUUCCCUUUUGAUCUACUUUUACUUAUGUGACCGGACAAAUCUCUUUGCUGAAUCAAAAAAGAGUUACAAUCGGGAUCUUUUCUUAUUUCUGUACUUCCUUCUAGUCAUAGUUUCAGCAGUUACUUCUUUCAAGAUACAUCAUGAUAAGUCACCAAUCUCAGGGAAAUCCAUACUGUACCUAAACAGGCACCAAACUGAGGAGUGGAAAGGGUGGAUGCAGGUACUUUUCCUAAUGUACCAUUACUUUGCUGCAACUGAAAUUUACAAUGCAAUACGGCUUUUUAUCGCUGCAUAUGUGUGGAUGACUGGAUUUGGCAACUUUUCCUACUAUUACGUCCGCAAAGACUUCAGCCUUGGAAGGUUUGCCCAGAUGAUGUGGCGGCUAAACUUUUUGGUGUUAUGUUGCUGUGUUAUCCUCAACAACAGUUACAUGCUGUACUACAUAUGCCCCAUGCACACUCUUUUCACUCUUAUGGUUUAUGGGGCGCUUGGCAUUUUGAACAAGUAUAAUGAGAUGGGCCAAGUCAUUGCUGCAAAAAUCGUUUCUUGCUUUUUUGUGGUUAUUUUGAUGUGGGAAGUACCUGGGGUGUUUGAGCUGGUUUGGAGCCCAUUUACUUUCCUUCUCAAAUACACCGACCCAGAUCCUUCAAAAGCAAAAUAUUCCCUGUUGCAUGAGUGGCAUUUCCGCUCAGGCCUUGAUCGCUACAUAUGGAUAGUUGGAAUGAUAUAUGCUUAUUAUCAUCCAACCGUUGAGAGGUGGAUGGAGAAAUUAGAGGAAACAGAAGUCAAACGCAGGAUAUCAAUUAAGAUAGCUGUUGCUACCGUUAGCUUAACGGUGGGGUAUUUAUGGUUUGAGCAUAUAUACAAGCUUCCCAAGGUGACAUAUAAUCAGUAUCAUCCUUAUACCUCAUGGAUACCUAUAACUGUCUAUAUAUGCUUGCGAAAUCUGACGCAGAACUUCCGUAGCUACAGUUUGACCCUUUUUGCAUGGCUUGGAAAGAUCACACUGGAGACCUACAUAUCACAAAUCCACAUAUGGUUAAGGUCAGGCGUGCCCGAUGGACAGCCUAAAUUGUUGCUUUCUCUGAUCCCAGACUACCCUUUAUUGAACUUCAUGCUCACCACUUCCAUCUAUGUUGCAGUUUCAUACAGGCUCUUUGACCUGACCAACACAUUGAAAACGGCAUUUGUGCCUAGUAAAGACGACAAGCGGUUGACAUACAACAUACUUGCAGCUGUAGUCAUCUCCAGCAUAUUGUACACACUAUCUUUUAUAUUCCUAAAGAUCCCUCAGAUGAUGGUGUAACACUUCAAAAGGCAUGCCAUAAAAAGGACAAAAUUCCACAAUAUUCUUCUUUGAACUGAUGAAGCAUAUUGCUCCAGCAGGAGUUCACCUUGUUCGUGAUGUAAUUGUUCACCUUGUUCGUGAUGUAAUUUGCAGAUAGAGCGUGGUAUUUAGUAAUUCUUACGAUUAGUAUUGUAUAGAGAAAGGCAGCUGAUGAAUUGAAACCCUAGUUAAGGGGUUAUGCUUGAAUGUAUUCUCAUUAGCUUCGAACAAAUAUUGUGAUUACAAUUGUUAUCUCAUGAAGCUUCUACAGGUAAUAAGUGCAAUUUCAUUGCCUGUGUCAAAA